AAUAAGCAGGCAGCAAAUAAGAAAAGCGCAGUAAAAAAUAUAUGAAUAAAACGAUUUUAAUAGAAAAAUUCUAAACGAAAUAAAAGCACCCGGCGUAAACGCUUUGCGAACAUUUACCAAACAAAAACAAAAAAAAAAAAAUGUGGACUCCUUACCUACUGGCUACAGCCUUCGCAUCCUGCUAUUGGUCAUGUGCCACUGCGGCUAAACACAGCAGCUAUGAUAUGCCUGCCAGCGCUGAAACUCCGCACACGCCACCUGUGGUCCAAUCGUUACAAUGGACGGGCGGUCAAUUUGAGUUUCCCGGCUCAUCGCGCGCACUCUUCAAAAGUUCAGGCAAGUACAUCUCAAAAAAUGUGAUAGCGACGCGUGCGCAAAUAGUUGGUGACACCGUUUUCCUGGCCAUGCCGCGUUACAAGCACGGCGUACCCGCCACACUCGUGAAGACCACACUGAACCCCGGCACUUGUCACAGCAAACUUGCACCCUUCCCCUGCUGGAAUAUGCAGGACGAUAGCACAUGCAAGGGCUUUCAAUCGGUGGUUGAUUUAGUUGUCGAUCAAAAUGAGGUACUCUGGGUGCUGGACACAGGCAUUGUGAAUACACUCGAGACGCCCGAACGCAAAUGUGCCGCCAAGGUGGUGGCACUUUCCGUGAAAACAGGCAAGGUGCUGAAGUCUAUUUCGUUGGAGGGCCUAACCUCGCCCAAUUCGCGUCUGCAGUAUGUGGUGGUGGAUUAUGCGGCCGAUGGCAGUUGCUUCGUGUAUGUGAGCGAUGCCGCAAAUCGUGCAAUCAUCGUCUAUAAUUUGCAAGCUGAUCGAGGCUUUCGUGUGAUCUUACCAAAAGCGGUCGCUUCCGGCUGUAGAACGCGUGAUGUGCUCUACAUAGCGCUGAUACGCAGAGAUUGUGGCACAACCGAAUUAUACUUCACUUACCUGAGUACGAACAAACUCUUCUCGUUGCAAUCGGAGUAUUUGCGGAGUGGCGUAGCCGAUGGACGCAUAAUGGAUUUGGGCAAGAAACCAACGCGCAUGGUGAUUAUCGGCACCGAUAAUGGCUCGGCAAUAUUCUUCCGCAAUGAAGGCGAUUCGGAGGUCUAUCGCUGGGACACUUCCACAGCCUUUGUGGAGACGAACUUUAAGCCUGUCUACCGAAGCGACACUUGCCAGCUGGCGACACAUGCGCUGCCCGACUACAAGCACAAUACCAUGCGGAUAUUGGAAAGUAAUUUCCCGGAUUAUAUGCAGAAUCGAGUGGGUUGUGGAGCAGUGCAGAAAUUGUCUGUAAUGCAGGGAUGCUGGUAAAAAUUGCGGCUGAAUGCGAGGAAUGUGAGGUGUUAUAGAGAAAUUAAAAGAGUCUUCACUUGGAAUGGUUGUAUACCCCGAAAGAAAAAGAAAAAAUGGACGAAAGUAAAGAGAAAAAGUAUAGAGAAGGUGAAAAGAAAUUAAGAAAAAAAAACGAAAAAGUGUAGUAUAAAACGAUAAGGAAUUGGGAAGGGCGCACAUUUUAUGGUUUAUGAAAACGAAAGUAAAAAAAAGUAACAUCUUAAUGAAAAUAGGAAGCAGCAUUUGAACUGAUAGUAAUAAGACUUGGUUUCGCUUGGCGCCGUUAGCACGAGAAAGACAUGACUGACGCGCUUUGCUAAACUCGGUCAAAAUCGUACUAAUUAAGAAGAAGAAUUAGUGUAUAGAGCCAAAAAGUGUAAAACGUUAGAGUAGCGAUAUAUUGGUGAUGGGUAGGCCAAGCUUAGGCACAACUAAAGGGUGGUCAAGUUUCAAGGGCCGGUGUUGAUUUUGAAUAAAAUAAAAUUUUUUUAGGAAAUUAUUGGCACUUCUCUUUAUUAUGAUAAUACUGAUAUGGCUCAAUUACGUAUGGAACAAACUAUCGGCCAAAUGACCGCCUCGGCAGCACACCACCAUCCGAUGGUCCAAAUUUUCGAUGACGCUGAGGCAUAAUUGAGCUUCUAUGCCGUUAAUGUGCCGAAUUAUCUCAUCCUUUAGCUCUUGAAUUGUUGCUGGCUUAUCGACGUACACCUUUUCUUUUAAAUAACCUCAAAGAAAGAAGUCCAACGGUGUCAAACCACAUGAUCUUAACCUCGCCGCGACGUGAGAUUAUUCGGCCAUCAAAUUUUUCGCGUGAAAGAACCAUUGUUUCGUUAGCUGUUUGACAAGUGGCACCGUCCUGCUGAAACCACUUAUCGUCCACAUCCAUAUCUUCCAAUUAAGGCCAUAAAAGGUUCGUUAUCAUCUCACGAUAGCGAACACCAUUCACAGUAACUGCCUGAUCGGCCUCAUUUUGGAAAAAAUACGGCCCAAUGAUGUCUUUGUGGGUGCAUUGGUUUUUCAGCAAUCACUCUUGGAUUAUCAUUCGCCCAAAUGCGGCAAUUCUGCUUAUUGACGAAUCCACUGAGGUGAAAAUGUGCCUCAUCACUGAAGAUGAAGUGCGCGAUGUGAAUUUUGAUAUGCACGCCCGUUUUCAUAAUAAGCCUGAAUAACUUUAACGCGUUGCUCGAUUAUGUGUCUUUCCAUGAUUCAAAUUGAGUUAGUCUGAGAUUGAAAAAUGGCAAAUGAAAUGUAGAAAAAAGCUUGAGGUUUAGGUGUGGUUCACAUUCAACAUCGGCCCUUGAAAUUUAACCACCCUUUAGAAAAUUCAAUAAAACAAUUUUAGCUAAACAUUACUUAGUAUGGGAAAAAGAAAUCCUUUAUAUUCUCGGUAGAAGGCUGCAUAAGUCGAUAUCUCGUAAAAUAUGCGGCAAACAAUUUAAAGUUUAUGCUGGUUGUCAAGGUGACAUUUCACACUAAAAAAUUCGUUUCCUGUUUUUUGUUUCUUACAUUCAGUUGUGAGUUAAGGAUAGUUACUAAUGGAAGCCAAAAAAAAAAAAUAAAUAAAUAAAUAAAAAUAAAAAUAAAUCAACAACAAAAAGAAAAUUCGGUUCAUUUUACAGUUUUGGGAAUGUUGUUUAUCGUGCCGAUACUGGAACAGAAAUUUACGUGCAGUUUUGGCCUCGCGAUUCCGUUCAAUCCUUGAACAUCUUUUGAUGUUAGAGAAAAUGUCGAUAAACUCAUAGAAAUAAUAGAAGUUGACCGGCGCGUUAGUAGUCGUGGCAUCG